AUGGCUCACAGUAGACUGAGUGAUCCCGAAUAUAGAAACUGGGUUACUGUUGGUCGAGCAAUCCAGAUUACCCGGAACGGCUUAGAAACCAUAAUUCAAAAUGCUGCUGACAAGUACCACACAUCACUGCUUGCAGCUUUGUCAAAUAAUGUACAUGCGUGGAAAUCUCACUUGGAGAAUGCCCAUCGAUCACGUGAUAAAAGAAAAAUAUCCUGGAGCAACAGUGACAACACUCAGUGGUUGACCGUUGGUGCGUCAUGGGAGAUUGCUAAGAUUUUCAUGGCUCCCCUGGGAUCGAGAAAGCUUGAUGUAGUCAACGCCAAAACUACUGAUAUAUCGGGAUUGUUGAAUGUAGUAGAAUGGUCUCCGAGAGGGACAAAUGGUUUGUUCAACACAGGUGUCGAUCUUUCGAAAAUAGCAGAUGCAAGAAGUGCCAGGAAUCUUUGGGCGCAUGCACCGUUGCUGCAUAUAAGUGAUGCUGAUAAAGUCAACGCGUUUGCAUCCUUAACCUCUCUUCUUCAAGACCCAGAAAUGCAUCAUGACAAAGAUGUCCAAGACGCCAUAAAAAAGCUUAGUAGUUUACUCAAUACUGGUUUAGCAGUUAUUGAAGAAAAAGAAUUGGAAUUAUUCGUUCAGUUACAACAACAACUUGAUCAGGAUAUGGUCAGUUUGGAAAGUGAUAUCAUCUGUUGGAAAGAUGAAGUCGGAGCGGACUUGGAGCAGAUUAAUGAUCAGAUAAAAGGUUUGGAUGAAUUUGUGAAAAAUAACGAACUACACGACGCUCUGGAAAUUGUCAACUGCCGGCUGGAAAAGCUAGAAGAAAAAUGUUUAGCAGAGUCGCAGCAAAGGAUUUGUGACGUGGAGCAGGAGCUAAAGUUCAAUCCAGUCUCUGAUCGGAUGAAGGAAGAAUUUGUCGGUCGUGAGUGGUUAUUCAGUGACAUUGGCAACUGGUUAGAAAAAGAUCUCGGGCCUCGGGAGUCUCGUGCCUUCCUUAUCUGGGGUAGUGCUGGAACAGGCAAAAGCUCGUUCGCCCAAGAGUUUGUCCGUCGGCAUGAGGGAGAGAAAUUGGCUGGAUACCAUUACUGUCAAAAAGAUAAUCCUCGCACCUGCGAUUUGAAAUCGUUAAUCUAUAGUCUCAGGAGUAUGCUCUCGAACAGUCUUCCCAAAUAUGCUGCCUUGGUUGAGAAACUACAGACUGGUCGAUUUCGAGAUGAUCCUAAUAAACUGUUCGAUUUGUUAAUUACCACGCCAUUGCAGCAAUUGAAUGAAAGUACCAGACAUUUUCUUGUCAUUGACGGCUUAGAUGAAGGAGGGUCCAUGAUUGCUUCUUGCCUUGCCAGAUUAUCAGGAAUACUUCCUUCGUGGCUUCGCGUCAUUUUGACUGCAAGACAAAAUGCUCCAGCUCUAUCAGGCCUUUUUUUAAAUUCCACUUCUGCUAAACUAGACCAAUUUGAGACUGGUCCUGAGUCUCUGUCUAGCAAAGAUAUUUGUGAUUUUGUCUCCAUGAAGUACAGAAAACUUCAAACUGAAUAUAACUAUAUUCCUUCUUUCUUUGCUAAUGACGAGCAGGUAGGCAAAGAGAAAAUAGUUCAGGCUAGUCAGAAUUGCUUUCUUUAUGCUAAACUUGUGAUGGAACACAUCUUUGAUGGCCAUGAUGAAAUUGGUUUGCCUGCCUCGUUAUGUGAGAUUUACUGCUUGGACUUCAAACGUCGCAUUCCGGAUAUAGAAUUCUUUGAGAAAAAAGUUGCACCUGUGCUUCAGACUGUGCUUGCCAUUCAAUCUGCUAAGGCUUUUUUACGUAAAGAAAUGCGUAUAAUAGGUAUGGGAAAAAUUGACUCAUCUCUUAAAGAUAAUGAUAUUAUUAUUCACUUACAGAAGAUUCAGCAGGCUUAUCAGGAGAGCGAUGAAAGUGUUACAGGGGUUGUGAAGUGUGGUUUGCUACCUGAAAUUAAGACGCAUGAUCUCAAUAAAGUCGUCAAACUUUUAUCAGGCUACUUAGUAAAGGAUGAUUCUGGUACAUAUUAUUUCAGCCAUAGUUCUGUAGGAGAUUGGUUGCAAGACGAAGAGUCAGAUUUCUUUUGCGAUGUACUCAACGGGCACUCCAUUAUGGCAAAAUAUAACUUGAAAACUCUUAAAGUUAAGUAUCCUUCACCCGGCGAUUUUGUUGAAAAUUUAUGUUUUCGUGCGAAAAAGCCAUAUCCUACUGCUUUCCUAGACCUCAAAUUCUUUUCUUUGCGUUAUCUCUUUCAUUCCAGUGAGAGCGAAAGUUCAAACGUGAAUGUUCUGAUAUCUGAAUUAGGUAUUAAAGCAAUCGACCUUCUUCAUGCCGCAUUUCACUGGAGUGAUGACAGUUGGGAUCGUUUCAUUUGUUCUGAGUAUAUGGCAAUGAAAGUUCUCGAUGAAACAGAUGUUUUGAAUAAAAUGACCAUACAGGAAAAAGCUGAACAUCUUGAGCUGGCUCUUUUCUUGAGUUAUGCAAGAAUUACUGCCAAGUUGUUUGAUAGCCGCACAUACUGGAUUUUUAGUGAUGGCACUAUGUUUCGCUUGAACUUUCGUAUCAAACCACUACAGCUCGUCCCAAAGGAAUCAAUGCCCCAGUUAUUCUUUUCGUCCCUCGUGGAUUUUAACUUUCGCGUUAAGAUAUUUGAAUUUUGUGUAAACAAAGGAUUAACGGCGGAUGUAUGUGUUCCUCAAUUCUUUGAGAACACCAAGGACUUCAACUCGUCCAUCUGCUGGAACGAAGAUGUCCAAGAGUAUUUUAGAAAAUUGAAGUCAGUAGAAAAGAAUGUUAUCACUUUGGAAUCCCUUAAAGAGAAGCCAUUUUGUCCAAAAGAAGCUAAAGUGUCGGAAUUUACAUUGGAGAUAAUUCAGAAACCUCUUUCAGGUAAUGAUUACAAAUAUGUUCACAGAUACAGUAUGUUCACGCUAUUCCGGUGUAAUGCUCUAACGAGCUGCACAUGUUCACGGCCGAGGGGCUUUAGGACUCGUAGAAGAAUGCAAAACAUGGCCGGCACACUUGCACUCCAAUUGUUUUUUCUUGCACUAACACUGUACUAACAUCGCCUUUAACAGCCCGAGUAAACACGUUCUAUCGCUUAGUGAAUGCCUUUCAAAUGUCGACAUUCGUGAAAUUUUGAUAACGUGUUCGUGUGCAAUAUUGCCCAUGGGAGGGGAAUUGGCUUUUCUUUACUUGCCCAGGGGUGGGGAAUUGACACUUUAGGAAUAAAGAAUACAUAAAUCCCUGGGGGAGAGAAGGGUAACAUGAAGAAUCAAACCGUACAUGAUGCAGACCCAAUUAUCUGCUGCGAACCCCUUUCUAAACGGGCACCUCCUUAAUCUCAACGUCUUUCUAGAUAUAAUAAUGCGGAUACCUUUCCAAUGUACCGCCGUCCACAUUAAUCUGUUUUCGUUUCCAAAUGUAUACUUUUGCCGACGCGUUUUCGCCGAUCUUGCACACUGAUACGAUGGAAAACGGAUGCCUUCAUCAAUGAAAACGGAGCUUUUCGAAAACGACUUUGAAAGUACGUGGAGACAACGCGGGCGUAUAUAUUAGAUUAGUGCAUGUGGACGGGCGAAAACGAAGGUUUUCAAAAACGCGGACGGCAUGAACACAAUCAUGCGUGGUGAGUGUGUUGUUUUUUCCGAAUUUCAGACGAAUUGCUUGUCUUGCACUGGAGAUAAUGAUGAUUAAUCUGCAAGCGUAACUUGCAAAGACAACAUAAUGCUCUACACUAUGUCGUAGGUAAUCAGUUAAUUUAUUUCUGAGAUUGUAAAGCCACUAUAGAAGCUCUAUUAUCGGCGACGUUUUUAGGUUCAACCUCGGUAAAUUUGUCUUUUUCUCCGUAAAAGUGUUCCAGGCCUUCUUGUAAGAUUUUUGCAUGAAUAACGGAAAAAUCAAUAAUGAUCGAAAAUGAUACAAAAUUAUCGUUUUCUAAGUGCUAGUGCGGUAAAAAACGCUCCGAAAACGCUACUGUGGACGCAGAUAUUUGUAUGCGUUUUCGAAAUAUCAAAAACGAUAGGAUUCAAAAACGGAUUAGUGUGGAGGUAGCCUACCUUCCUAAUAUGGAUACCUCUCUAAUAUGAAUAUCUCCCUAAUAGAGACACCUCUCUAAAACGGACACCUCUCUGAUAGUGUUAAUGUAUAUUCUGUACGAGGUACAUUAUAUUAUAUGCAGGCUGCUCCAUUUACUGUUCUAGAACAUUUGAAACACUGUUGUGGAACGAUAUGAAAUGGAAUGCACACGGUGCUCAGUGUUUAGUUUAUUAUAUAUGCGUGCAACCAUGCAUUACUAUAGUCAUUAGUUAUUUGCAUAAUAAAUCAUAUAAUGAUUUGUUGUUAUUUGUAUAUCUAAGUAUGCUUUUGUAACGUUUUUACUUGUUGAUUUUGCCCAACCCUGGCGUUGAAAUAGCGGCAUAUAAUAAGUACAUGUAAAUAGUAUAGGUUAUUUUGAGGCAACGAGGGGAUAUGUGAUUUAUUAAUAAAUAAAUACAUAUUCCCGAGGUGCCUCAAAAUAACGUACUUAUUUUUCACAUUGCGAGGUCGCGUUAAUGAGUCAGAAUAUUAGAAAUAAUUCUUAAUUCCAUAUUGCCUUCGUUAUGAUGUUUUUUUUUCUCAUUUUUUAUGCUGCAAAGACAUUGCAGGUGAAUAUUAGAGGGGAUUAUUAAACGGAAAUUGAUUAGAGGGGAAUAUUGAAUAUAUUGCCCGAUAAGAACAAAGGAAACCGAGCAGGGUGAAAAAUAAAUAGCAGUUAACCCUUCAAAAUAACACUCAAAAUAACAGUGCAUUGGAUACACAAAAUCUUUCGCCUCCAUUUCCAAUCACGUGAAAAUGGCUGCAAUGCCACGUGCCUGUUCUGGCUGCCCCUACCAUUGAACUAUAAAUAAACUGGAAGGCUAACUGCUAUGAUUAAGGCCUAUGAUUUGAUGAAGCCAAAAUAGUUUUUCUGAGUUAUGAGCAGAAAUACUUGACCCCAAACGUCGGGCUAUAUAUCAAAUUGAAGCUAUUGAAAAUUGCUAUUCGGUGUGGAAAUUUCAAGACUUCAGCGAAAACUUCAUUAAAUUUCAAGACUUCAUUAAAAAAUACAAAAACAACUGAAAAACGGCAAAUUAUCGGUAAUUAUGUUUGUAGUUUUUCAAUAUUUCCCAUUUAGCUAAAGUCUUGAAAUUUCUACAUCAAAUAGCGUUUUUCAAUAGCUUCAAUUUGAUAUAUAGCCCAACGUUCAGUGUUGAGUAUUUCUGCUCAUAACUCAGAAAAACUAAAAUGCACUGGCUUCAAUUUCCCCCCCUGAGUUAGCCUUCCAGUUUAUUUAUAGUUCAAUGGCCCCUACUCGAAAAUCGGGGGUAGUCAGAACAGUCACAUGAGUAGGGGGCUAGGGGCAGCCAGAACAGACAGGUGGCACUGCCAUUUUCACGUGAUUGGAAAUGGAGGCGACAGAUUUUGUGUACUCCAAUAUUGCACACUGCAUUGAGUGUUAUUUUGAAGGGUUAACUGCUAUAUAUUGACAUAUACCGGGUGUCCCAAAAAAAAGUACUCCGGUUUGAUUUAUAAUAACUUCUAAACAAGUAUAGCUAUGAAACAGAAAUAACAUGCAUUAAAUAGAGGAAGGACUAACUUAGAUUUUGAUAUAUUACAGUUGUAUUUUACUUAAAAAUUCACGGAGAUAUUAAUGUUCAAAAUCGGGAGCAUAUUUUGGGAUGUGUCUAAAAUUAGCGAAAAUCAGCAUAUCAAAUAUUAACUCCAGCGUUUGUUUGCUUAUUGACAUAUCUGGCUAACUGGUAUUUCAGCGAAUUGUCGUUAGGGUUUGUAAGGGAUAUAUGGCGUAGAUUUAGACAUCUUACAUGUAAGUCUUAGCUCAUUGUUUCCUGAAACAUGGACGUUCAAAAUUAUGAAAGUAUUUAAUAGGUCUUUGGCUUUGCAAACUUAAAGUUACAUGAAAGACCUUGAAGGCAGGCGCUUAAAUUUUUCUUAAAUAGCCUAAUUUUUUUAUGUUUUACAUGGGUUCAAAACAAAGUUGAUUAUUUCUCGGUUAGAGCAGGAUGAAUAUUAUUAUUUAAUGAAGGAAAUGAUAUUGCUUUUUGCAAAUACACAUCACAGUGUCAACGCUACUAUUUUGUUACGUUUUGUUCCAAAAAUGUUGGAUGUCUCUGGGGAAUUGCUUGUUAUGCCUUUAAUUAUGGAGUUGUAUAUGGUUUGAUCGUGUUUCAUUCUCAGUUUAUUCUGAACUUGCCAAGAUUAAAAAAGGCAAAAGAGUUUGGGUGUUCUUAACAAGAUUUCAGAACGUUGAAGAAGUUAGAAAAUUCAUUCAAUGUGAAGUUAGAAAAUCCACAAUUCCAUUGUGACAGCAUGCCCUAAUUCAGAACUACGAACGAUCCAUGACGAUCCUUCGCGAUGCAGUGGUUCUCAUGAAAUAAGGAAACGUAUUCGUGCUGGGAACACAUGCGGAUUUCGGACGAAUAAGUCUUGCUUUUAUUUUGUAGAUAAUAAUACUUUGUUUCAUAAUAAACGAUUUGUCAAGUGCCAUUUAUUUACUGGUAAUAGUGCAUGUUUCAGUCGGGCAAAUCUUGAUUAAUAUUUGAUACGCCGUUUUUGCAUAUUUCAGACACAUCCAGAAAUAUGCUCCCGAUUUUAAACAUUAAUAUCUCUGUGAAUUUUUAAGUGAAAUACAACUGUGAUAUAUCAAAAUCUAAGUUAGUCCUUCCUCUAUUUGAUGCAAGUUAAUUCUCAUUAAAAGCUUUACUUGUUUAGAAGUUAUUACGAAUCAAACCGGAGUACUUUUUUUUGGGACACCCGGUACUUAUUAUAUGCUAUUUCAACGCCAUGCAGGGUUGGGCAAAAUCAACGAGUAAAAACGUUGCAAAAGCAUACUUAGAUAUACAAAUAACAACAAAUCAUUAUGAUUUAUUAUGCGAAUAACUAAUGACUAUAGUAACGCAUGGUUGCACGCAUAUAUAAUAAACCAAACACUGUUCCAAAACACCGUGUGCAAAGAACACCAUGUGACUGUCUUCUGUUCCAUUCCAUUAGUGUUCCGAAAAUCCGAAGUACUCUGAACAGUAAAUAGAGCAGCUUGAUGGUACUAUAGUUAGCAGUAUACAUGUACAAGGCCGCCAAGAGGGGACGGAGGGGAAUUGCCCCGGGUCCAAACUUUAAUAGGGCCCCAACUUGAGAGCGAGAGCCUAAAAUUGAGCAGGUUCUUUAAAUUGGUCAGAGUAUUUUUGAAAUUGAGGGCCCCUUACAGUAGCUCCACAUGCAGUCUAGUUAUAAGAUCUAGUUUGGUGAAUUCUCCACCAAGUCCACGAAUUCUCUCGGCGGCCCUGUACAUGUACAUAAUUAUGCUUUGUUCUUAUUCAGAAAUUGAACGCCUUCUGAGAAAUGGAAAGAUUUAUGUGGAGUUCAAGUAUGCCUGGCACUCACUUUUACAAAGAACGCUUCGGUUAAACAAAGCGGAUGAAAACCUAAAAAGGGUAGAAGACUAUUUAAAACAUGGAGCAAACCCAAGCAACAGAGGAGGUCCGGGAGUAACUGCCCUAAUGCUAACGUGUAAGAAGCUAAAUGAAGUUUUGAGGUAUUCACCUACGGCGGAACAGGUGGUGUCGUUACUCUUGGUUCAUGGAGCUGAUGUGAAUCAACAGGAUUUUUAUGGACGUACUGCGCUUCAUUAUGCAUUUGAAUCCAGAUAUGAUAAUGAUUCAUAUCUCUCAGAAGAAAGGCUUGAUCGAAAACAACGUGUUGUUCAAAUCCUUAUCCAGCACAGCGCAAACAUUUAUCUAAAAGAUUCGUCUGGGCUUUCUGCCAUUGAUAUGGCUAAGCGUCAGGGACACGAAUCAUGGUUAAGAACCGAUGAAGCAGCAUUGACAGGAAAAAGAAGAUUGAUGAAGAUUGAUGAAGGAUCAUCGACACGCUCAAAGAAAGGAAAAACAUGCUGUUCCAUAAGCUAACCAUGAACUCGAUAAGCCUGCUCUAAUCUGAACUAGUCCUCUAUUCAAUUCAGAAAGCAAGACUCGUAUGAGAUCACAUAAAAAUAAAAAACUUAAUGCUAUUACUUGGAACCCCAAAACUAACCUUAGCGACCAAAGCAUGUACAGUUUUACAUCGGAAAUGUCAAAGAAUUGAGUUGAAUCACCGUUUUUGGUGACCACUUUUGCUGUUAGAAUUUUGAGGGCCGCACAGAGAAAAUCAGGCGCCUGGGGCAAAUUUUCAAUUCAGGGCCCCUAUUUAGGGGGAGUAAUAAAAUGUUCCCAGACAUAUCCAAAAAAAGGGUUCAAAAAAAUUUUUCC